UUUAUUCCCUUCCCGUUUCAGUUUGAACGGGCGUUGAAUCGCAGAACCACCGGCGUAAGGUAGGAAAAAUGAUCGCCGCCGCCUCUUCGUCCUCGGUGGCCAUCGCCGUCCCUAACGGCGGAACCCUCCGCAAGCUCGUCCUCGCGCCGCCGCCCAGCAGCCUAUCCGUCAGGAGGAAGUCCCAAACUGCUAUCAGAGCAUCUGCGCGAGUUGAUAAAUAUUCAAAGACUGACAUAAUAGUUUCGCCAUCUAUUCUAUCUGCUAACUUUUCUAAGCUGGGCGAGCAGGUUAAGGCUGUUGAAGUGGCAGGAUGCGAUUGGAUUCAUGUAGAUGUGAUGGAUGGGCGUUUUGUGCCAAAUAUUACCAUAGGACCUCUAGUGGUUGAUGCAUUGCGCCCAGUGACAGAUCUUCCGUUGGAUGUGCACUUGAUGAUUGUGGAACCUGACCAACGAGUUCCAGAUUUUAUCAAGGCUGGUGCAGACAUUGUGAGUGUUCAUUGUGAACAAUCAUCUACAAUUCACUUGCACCGGACAGUUAAUCAGGUAAAGAGUCUAGGAGCAAAAGCUGGAGUUGUGCUGAACCCUGCAACCCCAUUAAGUGCCAUAGACUAUGUCCUAGAUGUUGUUGAUCUGGUCUUGAUUAUGUCUGUAAAUCCUGGCUUUGGUGGGCAGAGUUUUAUUGAAAGUCAGGUGAAGAAAAUUUCUGAGUUAAGGAGGUUAUGUGCUGAAAAGGGGGUGAACCCGUGGAUUGAAGUAGAUGGUGGAGUUGGUCCUAACAAUGCAUACAAGGUGAUUGAAGCUGGGGCUAAUGCAAUAGUUGCAGGAUCAGCAGUUUUUGGUGCUAAAGAUUAUGCAGAAGCAAUUAGAGGCAUAAAGACCAGCAAAAGGCCCACUCCAGUUGCGGUUUAAAGUUCAUCGGUGCUAUUCUUGAAGCUCACUGCACUGAGCUAAAGGAAAGUAAAAGACAUGGAGCUCUAGUCAACCAGGCUUCGAUUUGGUUAUAUGCCUCUAUUGUUCGGUGAUGUUCAAUGUUUAUGGUUCGUGAAAUGUAGCAUUUACAGGGAUCUAGCUAAAAGGUUGUUGCAAGGUUGUUUCCUGACAUAUUGAAUUAGAGUUGGCUUGAUGCGUAAACAAAGCAUGCCAUACUUGCUUUAUUACCUAUUUUUUUUUUGUAAAUUUUGAUGAUAAUAAAGAAGUGGAGAAAGAUACUGAGUAUCAAAAAGAUUAAUUCAA